AGAUGUGAUUUCGUGUUCUUCAUAAACGAAUCUUUAGAUUUCAUCGCCUAAUUUAAACUAGAAAGCUUAAAAAUAAUGCUAAAUCUGAUAACUAACGAUGGCAUUAUUCAUAAAACUUGUGGUUUAAUUAUGUUCUAGUUUAUUUAUGUUUUUGUAUUGUGAGAUAUACUGUGCGGUCCGCUGUCGUGUCAAAUUGAAAAAAGUGACUAAAUUGUGUGUCAGCACAGUUUUUUAGUUUUCGAUGAGCCUUCAUUUGGAAGAAAGUCCAGUGUCGGACAAUAAAAUGGAUAUAUCGGAAACCACUAUUUCUCAGGAUUCGCCCCCUGGUUAUUCGUCAGACGCAGAAGAAUUUAACGGAGACUAUCAAACGAAUCAGCAUCGUAUUAACAAUCGUGAAGUGGACGAUGUGAAUGUGAAACAUUCCUGUACUAGUAUUUUGACUUCAAAACACCGAGCACAGCAUGUUUUGAAUGAUUCGCCUAACAAUCAAAACAAUUGCCAGGCACGAGAUGAUGCAGUUAACUUGAAAAUGGAAAAUCGUGCUGCUGGUAGUAGUGGGUUAACUCCCGUUAGUAACCAUCCUUUGAUGCUUAUGUCUCCGACCGGAAGCGAGUCAGACAUGUCGGAAUUUGACAAUUCUAAUAGACAUGGAAAAUCUAAUAGGAAUUUCUAUCACUAUCCGGAUGUUGUUCCGGUCAGCGAGCAGCCUCCGUUGCGGCUGGCCAGUCCUCAUCCAAAACGAACCUCAUUAGGGACAAAUGGUGGCAGCAACAAAACCACCAGUAAGACAACGAAAACAACCAAAACCUUAACUACAUCGUCAACAUCAACUCUCGAUGUGAUAAAUAAUAUUGAUGACGCCAACAAUGUUACGAAGAGAUCCUUCGCACGCGAGAAUAGCCCGGACUUUCUGAGCAGUGGUUCGGAACAAGACCUGUCGCAAUUUCAAGCUGCGGUGACACCUGCUUAUCAAUCCGUUGCGUUAAUCCAGUCACAGUCGCAGUCGCAACUGCAGCAUUCCUCUCUUCAGCACAAAUCAAUUUCACCCAAGCUACAGCAACGUCGUAAAAUUUCGCUGUCUGCUGAGUUGUUAGUGGAUGACAUCAGUUCACCAGAAGAAACUCAAUCUAACCACAGCGUAGAUGAUUUACAGCAAAAUUUAGUUUCGAUUAGUCCCUCCUCUUCGAUUUUGGAUGACAAUGGGUUCGUAGAUAUUGACGAAGAUUUUUCGGAUGUACCCGGAUCGCCGAGAAAUGGGCCUAGCGGCGAUGCUCUGCCGCAAUAUUCCGCUAGAGAGGAAGCUCGUGACAUUCGCAACUGGCAAAAGAUUACCUUGCCUGAUGGAAAAACACGUGAAAUUGAUAUGAAAGUGAUAGAACCCUACAAAAGAGUUCUCUCUCACGGAGGGUAUCUUCACUCCGGAGGGCAUAACGCAAUAGUCGUAUUUAGUGCGUGUCAUUUGCCGGAUCGUUCCCGGUCCGAUUACCAUUAUGUGAUGAAUAAUCUGUUCCUGUAUGUUGUGAAAACACUAGAGCAGCUAGUUACCGAAGAUUACGUUCUGGUCUAUCUACACGGUGCUUCUAACAGAGGCAACGUUCCACCAUUCCCAUGGCUUAAAAAAUGUUAUCAGCUACUAGAUAGACGGCUUCGGAAGAGUUUAAAGAAUCUGUACAUGGUUCAUCCAACUUUCUGGUUGAAAUCGAUAGUAUGCGUGGCUCGUCCGUUUAUAAGCUCAAAAUUCUGGCGAAAAUUGGUUUACGUUAAAACACUGGAUGAGUUGUACCAACUUGUGCCGGUAGAACGAGCUGCCGUUCCAGAAAAGGUGAAAAGCUACGACUGUCGACAUUCCUAACUUUUAUCUCAACAAUGUGUUACAAUUCCAAUGGAUCUCAUUAAUAGUGAUUAUUUGCGUCAUGCUCGGUAUCAAAUAAGUCGUCGUGGUUCAGUCAGUAUUGUCAGAAGCAGUUGACGAAUAUAUCGGCAUUAAGGUAGGAAUAUUCCUUCGUUUCAUGGAACACAUAAUACAAUCGCUAAAUCAUAUCGACCUAGUCAGAGCCGUCGUCACUAAAAUGUGUAGCUACAUAAAGCAGUAUUGCUUUGCAUUGCUGCCCUUGGAGACGAUGUAAUUCUAGAAGUAAAUGAUAAGCAAUGAUUUCAUCGAGAGCACCGAAUAGUUAUAGUAAAAUCAGAUUCUUUAUGAUUAUUUCAUUUGAUACGAAGCGAAACGAUUGUAUAUUGUAAAUAGAAAAUUUCGUUUCUGCGCUUCAAUCUGGGCUUUGCUGCGAAACUAGAAUAAGAUUAUAAUAUGCAAUUGGCUUCCUAGAGCAAUAUGUUGCUACUUUGCAGCCCACUUUUGUCAGCAGUAUUGACAAAGUGACUGCUUGUAGAGAAAACAACCUAUAAAUGUAGUGUUUGUGUUCGGUAGUAGCAAUGUAAUCAGGUCUGGAACGUUUUCUAUGAUAUUCAAUAUGCCCUUAUUAUGUAUAAUUGUAUCGUUAUUUUAUUUUCAAAGAAAUUAUGGUCUCGUCUUAAAGUUUGAUUCGACAACUAGUCUUAUUAUAUCACUAUUGGUUGAAUCUUGUAUCUCGUAAUCUGUUUUCCUGCGGGAUUUCCUGCUAUUUAGUAAAACUUCGUUAUACUUCACUGGUUUUAUAAAGAAUUUCGAGUUUAAACCCACUGGUUCUGCAUUUAUUUUUGAAUUAUUGGUAAAGAAAUUUAAUUUGUACGACAGUAUUGUAAGUGAGGAAAGAUCUUUUUCCUGUUUACUUAGUUAAUUAUACCUUAAAAAUAAUCAUCCCUAUACACAUUAGCAAUAUGGUUUUUUAAUUCAAAUUACCUAGAAGUUUUGUUGGUAAAAGCUUAUAAUUUAGGCAUAACUGUACGUUGCGUGACGAGCUUUGUGAAAACGCGUACUGCAGUAAUUCAUCCAAAAGCUCAACCGGAUCUCAAAUCACAAAUAACACAGCACCCGUUUUCCACAUUUAAAUUCAAUGUUUGUGAUUAACUUGCAAAUUGAUGAUAUGGAAAAUAAAUUAAGGAUAUACGUGGUCGCGGCCUGUAAUCAGAGAAAUGCUCUCCAAUUACUAUUAUGUAAAAGUUUUACUGUCUUAUGUUACGUUAACUAUCGCAGUUUGUUACAAAAAUAAAGUUUUUACACUCUGCUCUGCUGCUCAUAUUAUGAGAUUUUAAUUUUAAUUCUUUGGGAGUUUUUCCCGACCUGAAUUAUCUACCGUUUAGCUUUUCUCUGAUUACAGGCUUAUUAGAAAACAAGCAUGCUUAGAACAGU